GGAAGUACCCGUUACCCCCUGUGCUUGCUCAGGUUUCCCUCAGACUCAGGACAGAACCGAGCAGGCGGGCUGCUGGCUAACAGGUUGGCUGAAUAUUGAUGGUUUACAGUCUGUAUAAAACUCGCCGGUCACCUAAAGUUCAUUUGUAAGCAUCCAGACUUUAAUAUCGGAUCAACAUGGCGCCGCUGGGCUGAGGAGGAGUCGAGUCAUCACUAACUGAAGCUUCAGAAAUCAACAUUAAAGCGUCGUCAGCUAACAGUUAGCAGACAGACAAACGUCCCCGAGGAGGACAGACUGCAUAUUUACAGCCGAGAGCCCGGCAGACAACCUACCGGUGGACCCCCAGCGAAGCUAAGAGGCUGUGUUGUGAAUGUAAUGGUGCUUUCUGCUCCCCGAGCUGCAUGAGAUAUGCAGUCAUCAUAGCAUCACUGACAGGCCUGACCCUGGAUUAACACGACCAUGGAGUCCUCUUCUGAGUCCCAGCAGGAGCCCGAGAAAAUUUUGCACCAUGCAGAGUUGAGAGAGCCCCAUGCCACCACCGCUGCUGUAGUGAGCGGGGAUGAGACCCUCCUUCUGACCCCAAGCAGGAUGAGCCAGCGCCAGGUGAAGGAGCGGGACAAGGAGAGGGAGAAGGAGGCAGGCCUCCAAACGCCCAACAGGGAGCACGUCGCCACCCCCUCCAGCCUCAGCCCAGGGGUCAGCUACAGCCACGGUUUCGAGAGAGGGAAGGAGGACCUGUUGUCUCUGCCUUUGAAAGAGGACACACAUUCCAUAUCUAAGAGCAAGUCUGAAACGAAGUUGUAUAAUGGCUCUGACAAGGAUGUGUCGGCGUCCGGAGGAAAGCUCACCAAAAAGGAGUCCCUCAAGGUGCAGAAGAAGAACUACAGGGAAGAGAAGAAGAGGGCGACCAAAGAGCUGCUCAGCACCAUCACCGACCCCUCCGUCAUCGUCAUGGCCGACUGGCUAAAGAUUCGUGGCACCCUGAAGAGCUGGACCAAGCUGUGGUGUGUGCUGAAACCAGGCGUCCUCCUCAUCUAUAAAACCAACAAAAACGGCCAGUGGGUGGGAACGGUGCUGCUCAACGCCUGUGAGCUCAUCGAGAGGCCUUCCAAGAAGGACGGCUUCUGCUUCAAGCUGUUUCACCCGCUGGAGCAGUCCAUCUGGGCCGUCAAGGGUCCUAAAGGAGAAGCAGUCGGCUCCAUCACUCAGCCGCUGCCCAGCAGCCACCUCAUCUUCCGAGCCACCUCUGAGUCUGAUGGUCGAUGCUGGAUGGAUGCCUUAGAGCUAGCCCUGAAGUGCUCCAGCCUGCUGAAAAGGACCAUGAUCCGCGAGGGGAAAGAGGACAUGAGCACCGUCGCCACAGGAGGGGAACACUCCAUAAACUUCUACAGCCUCCUCAGAGCCCACAAUAUCCAUGGUUUCCAGUUUAACGACAGUGACCAUUUAAAAGACCCGGACCUGUACUCAGACAAGUCAGACAGGGAGGGGGAGCAGGACCACGAGGAGUCGGAUCCAGACGGCCUGGAGAAGAGUGAAGAGAGCGACAGCGAUACAUCAGAGCGCCAGGAUGACUCGUACAUCGAUCUGGAUCCAAACGAGCAUCUGCGAGAAACCCCGUACCUUGAGCAGUCCCACGAGGAGCUUGGAGAGGCUGGCGAGGCGGCCCAAACAGAGACGGUAUCAGAGGAGAACAAAUCUCUGAUCUGGACUCUGCUGAAGCAGGUGCGACCUGGCAUGGAUCUGUCCAAGGUGGUGCUGCCCACCUUCAUCCUGGAGCCGAGGUCCUUUUUGGACAAACUCUCGGACUACUACUACCACGCAGACUUCCUGUCAGAGGCUGCAAUCGAAGAGAACGCCUACAACCGCAUGAAGAAAGUGGUGAAGUGGUACAUCUCUGGAUUUUACAAAAAGCCAAAGGGGUUGAAGAAGCCUUACAACCCCAUUAUUGGCGAGACAUACCGCUGCAUGUGGCUGCAUCAGAAAACCAACAGCAAGACCUUCUACAUUGCAGAACAGGUUUCCCAUCAUCCUCCAGUAUCAGCUUUCUAUGUCAGCAACAGGAAGGAUGGAUUUUGUCUCAGUGGCAGCAUCCUUGCCAAGUCCAAAUUCUACGGAAAUUCCCUGUCGGCCAUAUUGGACGGGGAGGCUCGGCUCACGUUUCUAAACCGAGGAGAGGACUACGUGAUGAACAUGCCAUACGCUCACUGUAAAGGCAUCCUGUACGGCACCAUGACCCUGGAGCUGGGCGGUCAGAUCACCAUUGCGUGUGAGAAAACAGGCUACAGUGCGCAGCUGGAGUUCAAACUGAAGCCGUUCCUGGGCAGCAGCGACAGCGUGAACCAGGUCUGUGGAAAAAUCAAGCUGGGGAAGGAGGUGUUAGCUACGCUGGAAGGACACUGGGACAGUGAGAUCUUCAUCAACGACAAGAAGACGGGGACGUCGGACACAUUUUGGAAUCCAACUCCAGACCUGAGGCAGAGUCGACUGACGCGCUGCACCGUCCCACCUGAGGAGCAGGGAGACCUGGAAUCAGAAAGACUGUGGCAGCACGUGACCCGAGCCAUCAACAACAAGGACCAGACCGAGGCCACCAACGAGAAGUUCAUCCUGGAGGAAGCUCAGAGGAAAUCAGCAAGGGAGCGGAAAGCCAAAUGCGAGGAUUGGAUCCCCGCCCUGUUUGAGCAGGACCCGGUCACCGGGGAGUGGCAUUACAGAUAUGCCGACACAAGGCCCUGGGAUCCGCUCAACGACCUGAUCCAGUUUGAAAAAGACGGCUGUAUCCAGACCAAGGUCCGACACCGCACCCCUAUGGUACGUUCUGGCAGUCUUAUUAGUCUGAGUAACCAGGCGCCGCGGAGGGACAAUUGCAAGUGCCAGGUAACGGUGCCAAAGAGGAAACACAAAAGCGACAAGCCCAAAAGCCCGGAGAGCGGCUGCUCGUCACCUGAACCCGACCGACAAGACUCGUCUGGCAGUGAACGUGAGUUCAAAGGACACAAAAGCAAGCAUAACAGCCGUCUGAGGAAAAAAGGAGCAGACCUCAGUGAACUUCAAAGUGCCAUUGAAUCUAUAAAGCAGACGCAGGAGGACAUCAACAGGAGCAUCAGCGUGCUGCGGAGCCGCACAGCAGGCCGGGCGGAAGGCAGCUCUUUCCUCCAGCAGCGCGACUACGUCAUCAUCGUGUUCCUCGUUCUCCUUCAGGUCCUGAUCAACUAUGUCUUCAAGUAGCAGCCAUACCCUGAAAGAGAGAGCGUGGUGCCCUCACACUCACACCCCCCCCCUCCUAACACGCUCGCACCACAGAGGGGGGACUUAGAGAGGUGAACUUUGACCUCCCAUAACCACAAAAGUCUCCUCGAACUCUCUUCUUCUCUGUCCUUAUUGAGUCCAUCUACACACGUCCAGAAAAGUGGAGACUGACUCAGAUAAGAGACUUUUUGAAACUUUAUUUUUAACCAGUUCAUUCCAAAAACUCUGGGGAGAUCCACAGAUUUCAAAGAGGAGACGAGCGGCGAUAAGGAGGAAAUGUGGGAGGUGUGAUAAAGUCUCGACUGCCACUCCGGAGCUCACUGAUUUGCCUUGACGUAAGAGGCAGAAACAGCAGCUGUUUUUAAAGCUGUUUGUUUGUUUUCUUUGAUUCACAUUUCACCUCAAACAACAGGGAACCUUUUAACACGGAGACGAGUGCUACGACUCAGAUGGUAACAGACUUUUUAAAGAAAACCUUUAAUUUUAAUGUUUUUUUAUGGUUUCGUUUCUUUGCUCUGUGUGUCCAGAGGUCUGCUCGGAACAAAAAGCGGCGAUAAGGGAGAUGGAAACAAAGUGGUCCAAUCUAUGUGACUUUUAUUUUUUUAUUAUCUGAUAACUUUCUUAUUGGCUCGGGGUUUCCAUGCGUGAAAAUGAAAGAGGAAGACAAUAACAUAAGUGAAAUAUCAAAAGGAACAGAAGCUAUAAUUUCCGCUGUAAGUAAAUCUGAAACUUUUGCAGUCGAGUGUUUCAAAGAGAAAACAGAUGUCUGAAGCGUCAUUGUAAACUGUAGGUAGCAUGUACAGACAGAGGAGCCUUAGGACUUUAGCCCGAUGUACAGUAUUUUGUCUCAAGGCACAAAUGCACUGGAAAUGUUUGUGUUCUUUAAACAGUCAUCAUUUUGAGUUCCUGAAGUGGACACUGAGACACGUUCAUGAAACAUUAGAGGGACUCGUGCUGAGCUCAGAGACCGCUGCCCCGAGGUCAGGUGAUGCGUUUUCAUUCAAAGUCUGCAGAGCUUAGGGAACAUACUGCCAUCUACAGACCACAACUUAGAAAACAUGGAAGAUUACGUAAUCACUUUUUCAGCUGAGAGUGAGAUGAGGAGAUGAAUCUCAUAUACAUCCAUCUAAUGCAGCAGGUAGCUGGUUUGCUCAUCUUAUAUAAACACUGUGAACAGCCUGCAUAUCUAGAGCUCUCUGGUUAACACAGCUUCUGUGUUUGUCCACUUACUAGUUAAUCUACGGUCUAAAGUGGACCAUGGCUUACAAAACGAACACCACACUGCCAUGAAGCUAGUGUUUGAGACAAAAAAUAGUGACCUGCAUUCAUAAAUCAGUUAGUAAGUCAUUUACUAAACUUCUUUUUGCUACCAGUGGUGCUGCCCCCUGGUGGCAGUACGAUAAACUGCAGGUUUAGAGCAUUUCUACAUUUUGAAACUUUGGGAUAAGUCCACGUUUCUUAGACUAGCUCUUUAAAGUUGUUAUGCUAAGCUAAGCUACCUGGCUACUGUCUUUGGUUUUACAGAUACUCCCACAGACAGACAGAGUGCAUCAAUCUCCUGAUCUGACUCGAGGCGAAGAAGUGAUUCAUUAUUCCUGAAUCAAUCUCCAAAUGUUAGUGUAAAAUUUGUCAGCGAUGAGAUGUGCAGCCACAGAGUAACAGCGUCUACACGUGCUGCCUCACAGAAACAUCUCCAAAUUUAAAAACAGAGAACAAGCCAUGAACGGGAACAAGCCUAAACACUCCCACCAUCAGGGCUGAUCAGAGUCAGCCAUCACUUCCAGUGCUUUUGCGCCUCAGGUGUCCACCAGGAAACUAGAAUAGAAACUUUAGUAAGCCACUAGCGGGAGGAGAAUAUAGACCUUUUCUAAUUACUACUAUCACCAUAGUGAACCAUUCCAAAUGUACGCAAGUACCAGCCAAACUCAGUGUGUAGUAUAGGAGACGGCCCUGUUCACUGUGUAAAUAAACAACGGGCUGACUCGUUCCUCACUAAGAAAUCUACAGCGAUACAGACACUCCACGCUCUGUGCACAAGCCAGUCUUUACAAUCUUGUGUGUCUUUCUGUCCACUGCUCUGUAGAUACACAUGGACAAAACUACAACAUGUGAGCGGGGUACACCGUUAGACUUUCACACAAAGAAGUCGCUCUCAAUCAGAAACAAAGGAAAUGUCUGUCUUGGAAACGUUGUCAGUAUGUUCUGAUGUUCACGUUUGUUGCCUUCGUCUUUUGGAAUGUGGAUUCUUGAAGGUUUUACUCUCAGUCAUAUCUGGAUAUUAAUAUUAAUUAGACUUAAAACAGAGCUUCAGCUCCAUGGACUGUAUCUAAGACUUGGGCCGAGCCUCUUUGACAAACCCAGAGUUUUAAAAACAAUCUAUCUGACACUUUGAUUCAGGCAGCAUGCCAUCUUGUUUUUUAAGAGCCAAAAGAGACCAUAGAGGGAUAAACUAGUUACCUCUUCCUGUUUGAGAGGAGGCAGAAAUGUAUUUAUGGCUUCUUUAUAAUGUUGCAGCCUCUUUAGGCAUUCCCCGCUUCAUUGUGUAUUUAAAGAAGGUCCGACAUGCUGCCUCCAAAAAGACCCCAAACUAGUGAUUGAGCUCAUACAAUCAGAAGGACAUUGUUUACUGAAAAUAAAGAAGAAGAAUAAAGCAGUGGGAUCUGUUUUCUGUAGACUCAAACACCAUGGUGGCUUUAGUUUUGAUCCACUUCUUUCAUACAGUCAGUCCUCCAGUGUCAGCAGACUUGUUUUUAAACUGAGUGUAUCAAGGUUAAGUUGAAGGAAGCAAACCAGAACAUCUGAACCACACGACUCAGAGAACUAAGAAACUUCUAAUUGAGGCAAUUAAGAAAAGAAAAAAAAGCUAACCACUCCAGGACCAUCAUCAUGUCACGUCAUGAUGUCAGCCUUGUCGACGUUUACAUAUCUGAUUGCCUCGCCGUCAGCAGACUGUUGAGCGAUGAAAUCUUUGUAGAGCUAACACCAGGUGUAAAGAGAGACUUGUAGCAUGGUCAGGAGCCAGCUGUACCCCCUGUGAGUUACCCGGCUGGCCCGUGUGUAUCUGAACGUGUAUUUUUUGUGUACCCUCAUUGCCUCGAUUGCUCAUCUUAAAUCCAGAUGUAAGAAUGUGGAGAAUUACGUAUUAAACAGUGCCUUCUAGAGUCGGACUGAGGAGGGGGUAGAUCGAGGGUUCAGGGGAGGUGAAGGGAGGUCAGCGGGGGCGAGAUGUGGAGCGUGCAAACAUAGCGGGAGACUUAAAGGGACGGUGUCGGUCUGUGAAGAGAGGUUGUAUGAGGUAAAGCCGGUAUACAGUAGUGGAGAAGCUUUGCCGUGUUUCUUCCUACUUAAGGAACUUAAAAUUUCACACUUUAAAAAAGCAUUGCAUUUUAAGUUUUCAAUAUAUUUAAGGAUAUUUUAUCUGCUUCACCCGGACAUAAACAGUCCUUUCCUUCUGCACUAUGUAUUCAUCGGUACAGCAGCCCUCCUCCUGCAAUGCAUCAACCUGUAAGUCAGCUGUUUGAAUCAGCAACUCUGUAAUCAAGCUUCACUUUCAUGAAGAUACCACAGUUGGUGCAUGCUCGUCUUUUUCAAGACUGUUAAAUCAUAAGAGAUUUAUAGUCACCACACAGGUAACACUGAAUUCUGAGAAGAUAAAAUUACUAUCUCAGCUCACAACUCCAAGUCUGCACAGAUGGCUUUCUCUGGAGAAGAUUAAAACAAACAUCUGAUAACAGAGAACUUUAUUUAUAGAGCACAUUUCUUUUUACAAAGUGCUUCAAAACAACAAAAAAAUACAGAAAGACAAAAUUAAAGGACGCUUAAACCUGCACACAAAAGAGAGAGAGAACAAAAAAUGCAUGGGAUGAGAGGACAGAUGAAAGAUGCAGGUGUUUAAAGGAUGCCGAAAAAGCGAUCCUGAAGAUGAAAGUUUUAGAGAAGAUUUAAAAGAAGGUAAAGAUGAAGACGGACUUAAUACGAUCAACAGAGUCUUCAGGCUGAAACUUCAAAAGUUUGAUCGUCUUUAAGAGCAAGCUGGGAUCUAGAAACAUCCAGCACAGAUGCAUCCACUGAUCUGAGAGAACGCCACGGCACAGAUCUGUGUUACGUUUUGAAGCAAGUCCUUUAAAGUUUAAAAGUAAUCAAUAAAAUCUUAAGAAUCAGAGUCCGUAUUAACAAAAUACAGCAAUUCCUCGCCGUGUCUUGAUUUGUGACUCCAGUGAAUGCACUGAAAUCUACUUUAUGAUGUUGACUUUUUGCACCAGAGUGGUCUUAAACCAUGACUCAGAGAUAAACAGCUUCAGACUGUUUCAUCCAGAGAUCUGUGCUGAUUCUUUAAGUCUGAAAUCACGCUCUGCCGGCUUUCAGAUGUGGCUACCUGCCGACAUCAGUCUGAUCAGCUGCACCUGCAUGCUUAGCUCCUAAGUGUUAGCUCAAACUUCAGGUACUCUGAUGGUACUUUAAUUUCCCCUCACACAAAGUUCAGAUUACUUUUGACUCAUCUGCUGUAGGUAACACACUUAGUAUUGACAAAGUACCUCAUACAACCUCUCUUCAAAAACCACAAACUGUCCCUUUAAUGUGAGAAGGGAAUGAUCUGGAUUAUUAUUGGGGGGUGUUUGACAUGGUCGGGUCCCCUUGCGUCGGCGGCUGUAGUCACCGUAGUGUUUUUAGCAGACGUGCCAUACGAAGCCUUAGAGACAAGUCUCCACAGCUCUCCCCCCGACCCGGCUCCCGCCUCCCCUUCUGAAGAGUCAACAUAGCAGCUCACCUGUAGGUUUUUCCGGAUGCUGAAUCCUGCCACAGGAGGGAGAGAGAGGGGCGAGAGACCACCACUCCUCUGCAUUGUUGUCCCCGUCCCUCUCUCGCUCUCUCACACACCAAAUUCAGAGGGAAAUAAACGUCUCUGCUGUGUGUUGUUGUUGCUGUUUGUGUAAAAUACUUUUAUUUAUUCCUCUUUUGUAUGUGGGUUCAUGUUGUUUUUUCAGCUUUUAGCAUCACUCUUCUUGUUUUUUCAGUUCUGAUUUUAAAACAACACUCAGUUGGUUUUUACUACACUUAAUGUCACACACCAAGCGACUGUCCUCAACUUGUGCACACCGUCAAUGUCCCCUCCCUCCCCCCUUGGAUUUUCCCUCCCCACACACCCCUUCAUUUUUCCUACUCCAGUACCUGAAUAUAUUUACUGUAUCUCCUGGUUACUACAACUUCCUGGAAGUUUAUGGUCACAUGUAACAUAACACAGAAUAAAACAAAUGACAUCCCGGG